AUGGUGGUGGACCCAGGCAUGAAGUCACUUUUUUGGUCAUCACUUGCAACGGGAACAGAGCAGCACACGGCGCAAUUCAUGGCCGCGCAACUGGAACGAGUGAUUGCUGAAAUUCAUCGCGAAACAAGAGCUCUGGUCGUUGGUGUACUGACGGACAAUGCACCUAACAUGGCAAGUGCAUGGGAGCUUUUGGAGAACAAGUUACCUGUCUUUGGUGGAGAUAUUUUUAAGAAGAUACUCUUUAUGAAGAAGAUCAAGGAAGACGCGCUUUCUAUUGUCCACUUCGUUCGAGAGCAUCAUGCACUUUUGGAUCAGUUUCGCCAUCUUCAGCGCACCCAAAUUCCACCCGACCAAGCACGCCAUGCACUAGUAAUCCCAGUAGCAACCCGAUGGUACACCGCGCACGCAUGCCUCCGAAGUGUUCUUCACAACCGUGCUAUUCUCGAGGACCUCUUUCAGUCGUCGCGCCACGCGCAUUUGAUGGAGAGAUACAACGCCCCGGCCACUGUGAGAUCCAAGCUACUGUUCGUGAAGGAACUAAUUGGCUCAGAUUUCUUUUGGCAAAAUCUCGCGUUCGCUGUUGCAAUGGUUGUCCCUGUAAUCGAGGCACUGCGCGAGCUCGAAUCCGAUGGCGUUCCGACUAUGUCGCGGAAUACUCGAAGAAGGGUGAGGGCUGAGUUUUACGGAUUUGUCAACGAGCGAUGGAAAUUUGUACACACUAACGCAAUCAGUAUAGCGUAUCUCCUCGACCCGAACACGGAUCCGGACGGCUUUAUCGACAGCGAUGAGGCGGAUAGCAUCAGUCAAGCUUGCGCGUUCGCGGUCAGGACAGGGAUGCUUGAUAGGCUCGAGAUAACUCGCGCGCAGCUAAACCGUUGGCUGUAUGCUUUUGCCGACGAGAAGCGCAGCUAUACGGAGGAGGACAAGGAAAAGAACGCCGGCGCGUUCCCGCGCCACUGGUGGCGGAGUCAUGCGAAGCAAGCAAAUGCAAAGAUUGGCUACAAAGCUCUGAAUCUGCUCGCAAGCUACGUCUUCAGCAUUCCGACCUCUUCUGCAUCCAGCGAGCGAGCGUGGAGUAUAUUUGACUACAUCCACACGAAGAAAAGGAAUCGUCUGUCGACAACAAAGGUUGAGAUGCUAGCGUUCGUCUACAUCAACAGUGCCGCAAAAACAAACGUCAAACUGGAUCUCGCUCGCCUGCAGUUGUAUCCAGAAGCUGAAGAGCACGACAUCGAGGUCAACAACCACGAGGACACGCUAGUAAUGUAG